GAGUUGCGUCAGUGCAGCCGUUGUGCAUUGCAACAGCAUGUUAAGUGUGUAAGCCGAUUCGAUAAGAAAAAAGAAGACGACUCAGACUAUCUAUGUCCUAGUUGCUGGUAUAGCGCGACAAAAGAAGCUCCAUUGCCAGCUGCUACCACAUUCAUAGUGACGCCACGCAAUAUUAAACCACAAUGGCUAUACGAAAUACAAAAACAUCUCGGACCAAGUCUCAAAGUGUUCGAUUACAAUGAAUUGGCGUUGGACAAUUGGAUAAGUCCGGUGCAAUUGGCCAGCUAUGAUAUAGUACUUACCGAGUAUUCUGUGUUGCGACGAGAGGUUUAUCAUACCAGCGCUUAUUUGUCUGAGCGUGUUACACGAAAUGAGCAGCGUUCAAUGCGUCGUAUGUCGCCUUUGCUGAUGGUGGAGUGGUGGCGUGUGUGCCUCGAUGAAGCGCAAAUGGUCGAGUCGAAUUCAUCUGUACUCACUGCCUUGGUGCGUCAGUUACCAGCAAUAAAUCGUUGGGCCAUCACUGGCACGCCAAUACAGCGUAUCAUUGAUGACUUACGUGGUUUAUUGGAAUUCAUUGGCUUUAGAGAGCCAUUAGUCCCUAUAAAUUGGAACGGUUUGGUAGAUGACUUUGUAUUGCAACAAAAUAACGCAGAUAAGUGUGAGCACCAUCAGUUGACACUUGUUGAUGUGUUACAAUGUUGCAUGUGGCGCAGCUGCAAGUCGAAAGUAUACAAGGAGUUGCAACUACCACCACAAACAGAGCAAGUGCAUCGCUUACGUUUAAGUAAUUUAGAGAAAUUAUUCUAUUCCGAACAACAUGCGCUUUGCGAAAGCAGCUUUAAUAAUAUACUGCAAAAGUAUUUGGGGCGCACUGAUGAGAUGCUGAAGAUAUCACCACGGAUCAUGAACAUUAUCUUACAACCUUUAUUGAAGAUACGCCAGUGUUGUAUAACACCAGUUGUAAAUACUAGCAACAAGGGUCCAUAUAAAAACUCGGCAAAUGUGCAACAGAAACAAUUUUUGCAGCCGAAGGAUUUACUUGCGCAUCUUAAAUCCACUAAUGAGCUUGAAUGUAAAUCUGAACUGCGCUCCGUGGCAUCCUCUUAUAAUGGCAUGGCAGCCAUUUAUUUUAUACAGGGCAAUUUUGAGCAGGCAAUUAAACAUUACGAAAUGGUUCUUCGUUUGGCGCGAGAAUAUAAGGAUAUCAAUAUAACUGUUGACAGUUUGUUACAAAUUCACGCACUCUACAAUAUACAGCAGGCAUUCUAUAUUGCGCCGCCAAAGACCAUUCAAAUGUCGGCCGAUUUGAUUUCAAAAUAUGAGGAGGAAUGUAAUGCUUUGGAAUGGAAAUAUCUUGAACCUUACGUCUGCUCAAUGCACGCUAAGCGAACUUCAUGUUCCAAUGCCCUGGAAAUGCUUGCAAGACUAGAACUAAGCGCGGAAUCUCCACUGUUAGAGUUUAUCAGCCUACUUGUAGAUGAAACUGCCUCGCAAUCUCAGGAGUUCGUAAUUACAUUAUUGAAUCGUUUUCAUGACGAAUUUGCCACCUCAUUUGGCGGCUCUUCAAAAAUGGAGCAGUUAAAAAGUUUAUCGGGUAUGCUUUAUGUGCUGGUUACGUGGUAUAAGAAAGUGGAUGCUGCACAAAAGCAUUUGAAUGUUGAAUUUGAAAAUUUAAAAUUUUACACAAUGAACGUCUAUACGCGCGCCAAGAAUACGCCUGCCAUUUGGCGUGAAAUGUAUAAAUUUAUACGCAUUGUCUACGAAUGUCACCUCAGUGAAAUCCUGGUUAGAAGACAAAAAGGAAAAAAAAAGUCGAAAAGAAAGUCGAAAAACUCGAAAAAGGAUUUAUGCAAACUUUGUCAAAUACGAAAUGCACUGAACAAAUAUGAAUGUUUACUAUUUAACAAGGUCAUUGAUGAAGAUACUAAUAUGACCGAGGGUUUGCGAAAUCACUCGUUCGAAAUAGGGCUGAUUAAGGUUUUGUUUGCCUACUUGCGUACCAAACCUGCCUUUCUGAGCCACACGGAGCAAAUGGAAAAACAUUGGGAAAGCAUUGAAUGCCGCCAACAGCUAUGUAAGAAGCUAAUAAAAUAUUGGAUCGAAAUUGAGUACACUGUAAAGGUCUAUGAUGAACUAGAUAUGUGUAAAAUGCGAAUAUCUUUGGCGGAAAACGAUGAGGACAAGACACAUUUCAAACUUCUGGAUUAUGAAUUGGAUAACACCUUUAUGGAGCAGCAAAUUAAUCUACACGAGGCUCAGCGACGAUUCGCCAUGAAACUAGCGCGCCUCAAGUAUAUAACUCAUUUAGAGGCGGAUGCUGCGCCUGGACCAUGUCCAAUUUGUCAAUCUGAAGAUGAGAGUCGUUAUGCCGUAUUAGAGUGUGGACAUCAUUUAUGUCUCCUAUGUUUGCGCACCAUACAGCCAGGGAACUCAUCUAACAAGUUAUGCUGUCCGAUUUGCCGAAAUCGACAGAAUUCAAAAAAAUUUUAUUACGUUACAUGCAAUGCCACAACGCCCACUGAAAUUCCUAUUCAAGUAGUAGGCGACUUCUCAUCCAAAAUCACCUAUAUCGUGCGUUUGAUCUUGCAGCUUAAGCGUGAUCACGCUAAGGACAUGCAGCAACUGAAGAUUUUAGUAUUUUCUAAAUGGUCUGAAAUUUUACCAACUAUUGCAAAUGCUUUGAAGCAGAAUGGGAUUCGACAUCGAAUCAAUUAUACGCCACGCGCCAUCGAGGAAUUUAAGAAUCCCCUGUUAGGUGUCACUUGCUUGCUGAUGGCUUUGCGUAAAGGCUGUAACGGUUUAAAUCUGAUAGAAGCGACUCACGUCUUUCUUGUUGAACCAAUUCUUAAUCCCGGCGAAGAAGCGCAGGCAAUUGGACGCGUACAUCGUUUUGGCCAGACUAGACCCACUACCGUCCACCGCUUUAUUGUUUGCAAUACGAUUGAAGAGAAUAUUUUCAAUGUCGUAAAUACCGGAAAACAGUCGCAAACGAAUUGGGAAUUUAAGCAAAUAUCAGUCGAAAGUUUGCAAAAUUUAUUUCACUUGGAGAAUGAUGUCAGUGAGGAAUACAUAUCUAACUCCGAUGAACCAGUGGAUGUGACAUAAAGGCAAACAAUCCGGAUUUCGUGGUACUAUUCAGUCAAAAAUUAAAUAUUUGGUGAAUGAACGCUAUUUAAGUUUAUAUAAUCGAUCCAAGGCCAGCAACUUGUAUAAGAAAACAAUGUGUUGUUUCAAAAAUAUACAUCUACGUUAAAAUACAUACACAUUAACGUUAGGCAGCGAUAUAUCGAAACACAAUGUACGUUUUGCCUUAAAAAGUAUUAAUGUGGCUUUGAAUUCCUAUAACGCGAAGAAAACCAAUCUGAAUGGUAACAAAUUUCA